AUGGCCCAGGGGUCUCGCUCCGGUGGCUUUCUGCCUCCGCUCGCCACCGUGCCGCCGUUUUGGUCACAACCAGAAGGCGCUGUGGAAGAGCAGUGGGAGAGAAGGCAGGCGGGCGCUCUCGGCGGGGACUUUCGUGGCUGGCCGCGGCUGCCGGUUGCCGGGAGCAUUCCCUGCCUGAACCCACGGCCCGGCGGAGCUCGGGGAGCGCAGCCGUGGUGGGCUGCGCCGGCGCCAGCAGACGCAGGAGAGCACCGCGAGGCGGGCGCUGCAGACUGGUGGCAGGAGCCGGCAGCCGGCCGCCCCAUUCCUCCCGCGCUGCAGCGUCUCCGGGCCGUGUUGCUGCGGCUGCAUCGUGAGCGGGAGCAGCUCCUUCAAGCCCGGGACUGCGCCUGCCACCUACAGACGGCCGUGCGCCUCCUGAGGAUCCUGAGUCCCAGCGCGACGGCCCUUGGCCCCGGCCCCUUGCCUCAGCUGUGCCGCGACCUGCUGCUGCCUUCCCGUGGGGCUGUCCCGCGAAGCGGCCCACGGGAGACUCCGGAGCCGCUACUCCUGGCGCGUCCCGUUGGACUGGCCGCUCAGCGCCUGGAUGCUGCCAUCGAGAUGCAGCUUCGGGCUCUGGGUCGGGAGCCUGCCAGCCCGGGCUUGUCGUCCCAACUUGCUGACGUGCUCUUGGCACUUCCCGCCUACCACCAGCUGAUGGGAAAAGCCUUGAGCCAAAUUCCGGGGGCAGCGCGCCCUUUCCCACCCCUCCGUGUGCUCCACCUCCUGACGGGGGAGCGGGGUUGCCAGGUGGCUGGUCAGCUAGAUGAGGCGCUCAGGGGGUCAGGCUUGCGGGACCACCUCCGAAGUCGGUGCCAGGAGGAGCGGGAGCUGCUGCCCGGGCUGCUGGGGCUGCUGGGGGGUGUGAGUGAUUCAGCCAGCAGUGGACUGGGGCUUGGAGGGGCUGGAGCCCUGUGGAGCCAGUACUGGACCCUGCUAUGGGCAGCUUGUGCUCAGAGUCUGGACCUAAGUCUAGGACCCUGGAGGGACCACAGGGCAGCCGCACAACAACUAAGUCAGGCACUGGGUCAGGCAUCCCUGCCUCAGGAGUGUGAGAAGGAGCUGGCUUCUUUGUGUCGCAACCUAUUUCAUCAGUCCCUUAUCUGGAAUUGGGACCAAGGCUUCUGCCAGGCCUUGGGAUCUGCUGGUGAAGAUCAGAGCAGCCGUCCCUCAUCCUCUCAUACCACUGAACUUCUGCAACAGCUUUUCCCUCCUCUCUUGGAUGCCCUUCAACAACCCAGGUCAGGGCUGCCCCUCUGUCAGCCUCCAGGUGAGACAAAGUACUGGGGAUGGAGGAACAGAACAGUUGAAGAUCCUGCACCCCUUGCUUUAGGGCUCUGUACCCUGCAGACCACCUUGCUCUGGUUUUUGGGUAGAACUCAGCAGCAUCUGGCAGCAUGGGCCCCAGAUUCUUUCCUGCUUCUGAUCCAGAAGGACUUACCUGUGAGUAGCUGGGGAGUGGGCAGGAGAGGAGCCUGGGCUGGGCUGAAAUCUCACUUCCCAUUUCUGCCAAAGCCUCUAUUGCAUGAGGCGGCAGCUCUGUCUAGACUGGCCUCAGAAGAAAGUUUGUCCCUGGAGGUGGAGCAGCAGCUGGGCCUGGAGAUCCAGAAGCUAACUGCACAGAUCCAGCUCCUGCCUGAAGAGUCACUAAGUCUCUUUUUUCAAGAAUGUCAUAAACAAGCCACACAGGGCUUUGAACUCUACAUGCCACGGGGCCGGUACUGGCGGCAUCAUCUCUCUCCUGAACUGCCCAGCAUUCCCAGUGAGUAUGCUGGGUUGGUGGUUCGCACUGUACUGGAGCCUGUGCUGCAAGGAUUGCAGGGAUUGCCGCCCCAAGCCCAGGCCCCUGCCCUUGGCCAAGCACUGACAGCCAUCCUGGGUGCCUGGCUUGACCACAUCCUCAGGCACGGGAUCCGGUUCAGCCUGCAGGGGGCGCUGCAGCUCAGACAAGACUUUGGAGUGGUCCGGGAGUUGCUGGAGGAGGAGCAGUGGGGCCUGUCGCCAGAACUUCGCCAGUCUCUGCUCACACUCAACAUCUUCCAGAGGCUGGAUGGUGCCCUGCUGUGUCUAUUCCAGCAGCCCCUGCCCAAGCCUGAAGUCCACAGGAGGCCUCCCUGUUGCUGUAUAUGCAAUGAGGUCCAGACCAUGGAAUUGCCCAGCAGCAGCCUCAACAGCUUGGAGAACUUGGAGCCCCCUCUUCGGCCUGGAGCACCCCCAGCCCAGACAGCUCAGCUGCUAAGCACACUCUGGGGAGGGGGACCUAGCCCAGAGGCUUACCUGGUGGGAAAUCAGCAGGCCUGGCUUGCCCUGAGGCAGCACCAGCGCCCCCGUUGGCACUUGCCUUUUCUUUCAUGCCUGGGGACCAGUCCCGAAUCCUAA